AUGAGAACUCCAAAAAGAUUCCUGCUGCUCCUCGGGUAUGUGACCAUCACACUUCCUGUCAUGUAUUACUACUGGAACACCAAAUCACAUGACAAGACAGCGUGCAAAACUGACAAACAGGCAUUUUCCCAGAUGAAGCAGAAUUUGGAAGAUCUAACCAGCAAGGAGCUGGAAAACGUCAUUGAGAAUGAUGAACAUGAAGUCAUCUACUGCUACAUUCUCAGUGCCCCUGUCCAUCCGAAAGACAAAGAAGAUAAACGUUAUGCCUGGCAUAUGUUGAGUCUUUUUGGUCAUCUACCUGAACCAAAACCUUCUGUGCGUGAGACGUUUACAUCAGGUCUGUUCCCAUCAUUCAAUAACUUCGUUCAGUACCUGCUGGACCCUCAGACGGAGAAGAACGUGCCCUUUGAACCUCACUGGAGGCAGAUGCAUUGCCUGUGCCACCCUUGCCUCCUCAAGUUUGAUUUUAUUGGUCAUCAGGAGACUCUCCAAGAUGAUGCUGAAGAGCUGCUCAAUCUCUUAAACCUUCAGGAUGACAUUAAGUUCCCCCCGUCCUAUGAAAACAUGACUUCCCCCAACAUGGUGUUGGACUGGUUCAGAACUGUGCCCCUAGAGGACAGAAGGAAGCUCUACCAUAUGUACAAGGAAGACUUCAGGCUGUUUGGAUAUGAAAAACCAAAUUCUCUGCUUGAUGAAUAA